CCAAGCAGUCUCCCAUUUUGCGCAUUAAUCGAGAGCUCGCCGUAGAAAUAAUCCACAGUCGUAAUUUGACAUUUGCGAAAACAAAAGCGAUUGAGACGCGAUUGAAAAAUAACAGAAAAUCCAAAUACCGACGUACAAAAAUACAAAGUCAUUCAAAAUAUGAAGACAGUGUGUCAGUAGUAUAUAGUAUGUACUAUAUAUUUCGUUGUAUUUAUGUACAAUAUAAAAUCAAAUUCAAUUAAAAGUGCAAGCGAAAUUUGAUAGCGAAUGAAAUUUUGUGACUAAUUUUGAGUGAAGUUUUUCCAUCAAAAUAUUUCUUGAAGAAAUUCCGUCGUUUUUAAGAAGGGAAAUUUAAAACUGAAAUCAUACGCGAUGUCACGUGGGUCAAAUAUGUCAAUUUGUUGUUGUUAUUAUAAAUUGUUAUUGCUUUUAUGGACAGCUUAUGCGAUGACUGUGGCCAUGGCGAGUCCCGCUUAUCGCGCUAGCUUCAAUUACGGCAAGUGCACUGAUGCUGAAACCGGACGCGAACUAUACGUCGGCGAGGCCUUCACACGGCCGGGACAAUGUAUACGAGUACAGUGUUUAGGUACACUGCAACUUUGGCAAGACAGAUGUGAAGUGCCCAAACUAGAGGGUAAUUGCUCCGCAAUACCACCGGCCAAUGAAUUUUUGGACUAUCCGAACUGCUGUCCACUGUAUAUGUGCAAAAUGGUUGUGUUGGGUGAAACGGAUACGGUUGAUGAGACUCGUACAUACAAUCAGUAUGGUGACUUAAUAAAAGUGGAUAUAAAACAAAUAUUCAGUGUUGGACCAGCGAAAGGAAACAUACCAGGCGCUGGUAUAAGAAGAGAAUUUGCAAUUUAAAAAAUAUUGUAUUUCUAUUAUUAAUUAUUCUGUAUGAUAUUUGUAAUAUAUAAUAUAAGCGUGUUGUAUGAAAACUAUUUACUUAAUUGCAAGUAAAGCUAAGAGUAAGUUUCGAAAA